AUGAGCAUAUCGAACGAUCGACAAUGCGCGGGACUGCUUGGGGGCUCGGGCGACGGUGGACAAUACGAGGACUAUAUAAAUCCUGCGAUGAUGCUUGCUGGCGGAGUUGCGAUGAAUAUCGUGAGCUGGAAUAGCCUUAUGGAUGGGGUGAGAGCAAGAAUGGGGACGACAGCAGUCGCAGGGCCGGAAAAUCACAAUUCGAUGCGAUGCGAUGCGAUGCGCCUAGAAAGGAAACCAGAUGA